UAUGGCUCUUUGCUUUGUGGAUGACAGGCUGUGACUCGGAACCGAAGUUACAGUUAGUCAAUGUGCUAAUCGGGUGCUGAUAGAUCCACUCGUCAUCUUUGGGCGCUUUAGCACCAUGCGACCUGUUCGGCUGGGCUCUACACCAGUAACCCAGGUGCUAUCCCUAGGUCCUUCGAGAGCCAUAUAAGAAGUAAGUACUAUCGCCCUACCCUGCCUGUUUCAGUCCCUUGAGUCAUUGCGCAAACCUAAAAUCCCUCGAUCUUAUACCACUUGCACAUAUCGUUCAUGAUGAUCCUCGACAGUCCACCUCCAACUUUCUCGACCCUCUCUUUGACGGUCAAUGACCAUCCCCUCAAGCUCUCCACCCUCUAUCGCCCUGGACCCAAACCCGCCAUACUCUUCCUCCAUGGCUUCGGCUCUUGCAAAGAAGAUCUCCACGAUCUGGUCUACCUCCCUUCAUUACGAGACCACACCUUGAUUGCCUACGAUGCCCCAGGCUGCGGUGCCUCUGAAUACUAUGGUCCUAGCAGCGACCUGACCAUCUCCUUCCUCGUGGCCACAGCCCAAGCCGUGCUCAAGCAGUUCCAUAUCACCUCCUUCUACCUAAUUGGACACUCCACCGGCGCCCUGACAGGCCUCAUGCUCGCCGCCUCACUACCCCCAACACAAUACCAACUGCUCGCCUUUAUCAACAUCGAAGGCACCCUCUCCCCAGAGAACUGCUUCUUCACCCGCUCUCUCUACACUGAUAUCGUCAAAUCCUCUUCCCCCUCCACCCCUGAAGACGACCUCCAGAAACUCAUCGCCCACGCCCACUCCACCCCAGGCUACUCACAUGCUCUCUACGCCUCAUUACUGCCCUCCCGCGUGCGCCCUGAAGCCGUCCGACCCCUCGUCACCUCCGCCGUCGAGCUCUCAUGGAAAAACCUUCUAGGUCGCUUCCUUCGAUUAUCCUGCCCGCUCAUGUACAUGUUCGGGGACCAGAACCGCGAAGUGUCAUUUCUGAGUCAAUUAGAGAUGAAGGGGGUUGAGUUGGCGCAGAUCCCCACAAGCGGGCACUUCCCCAUGUACUCCAACCCGGCGAAGAUGUUACGACGCAUCGAGGGAUUUUUCCGGGACUGUACUUACGCAGGGAGUAGCAGUAGUGGCAGUGGUGGGAGUUUCUAGGUUGCAUUUUUUUUCCUUUCCUUUUUGACUACUCAACCUUCGAUUUGAUUAGUUAGUUAGAUAGAUACCUCGUUACGAUGUCUCAUGAUCAUUUACCUACCUACAUACCAUUUAGACAAGCAAUGCAAUUUUCUGUGAACUUGAUUGGACA